AACUCACUACCCGUAGUCGUCUCCUGACUGUGGGAAGGAGCAUACCGAGGUGGUGGUGCUGGAAGACAGUACAUGCACGAGUAUAAAGGCGAUACAGUAUUCAUUUGUUUCUACAGAAGGUUGGAGGAUAGCCUAUAGCAGCGUAUUCUAUAGUAAUUGCCUUCGUCUAACUGGUAGUGGUGGUGCAGAAAUGUGGUCGACGGUGACCUUGUUAGUGACUGUUCUGGUGAUCCUGUUGGUGAGAAUGUGCCGCAAACCUUCAGGAUUCCCACCUGGGCCUGGCGUAGUACCUGUGCUGGGCAGUAUACCCUUCAUGCUGCCUGACGCCACCAAGGCCUUCCAAAAUUGGCAGAAGAAGUUUGGUAAUAUUGUCGGGAUGAAGAUGUUCAAUACAUGGUGCAUUAUUCUUUACGACACAAGCAUCAUCAAGGAGGCCCUGGGCAGCCACGCCUUCAGUGACAGGUCCAACUUCCCGCUCUUCCUCAUCAGAAACGAAAUGAUCACGGGAGGCAGCGAGGAACCUCUUGGUAUUCUCUCUACCAAUGGGGACACGUGGAAGACUCAGAGGCGCUUCACUCUCAGGACCUUGAAGGACUUUGGCUUCGGGAAGCAGAGUUUAGAGCCCAUCAUCAGAGAGGAACUGGAAGAACUGAUGGCUGACUUGACGCUGCAGGAGGGGCAGAAGGUGCAGGUUAAGUCGCUGUUCGACAGGAGCAUCAUCAACGUGUUAUGGGCGACCGUAACUGGCAAGAGGUUCUCCCUGGCUGACACUAGACUGGUCAAACUAAGUAAUAAGGUCUCCUCGAUGAUGCAAAAUUUCAAGCCUUUUCAUCCAGCUUUCAGGUGGCGGUGGGUCAGAAAGUUCUUCCCUAACCUCAAGAUCUUUAAGAUAACAGAAGGCUACAUAGUUGACAUCUUGGGAUUUAUUGAGGAAGAACUUGAAAGCUUUCAGGAGAAGCUAAACUCCGGCUGUGAGGUCUCCCGCAAUAGCUUCGUCGGCGCCUACCUUCAGGAGAUGAAGGCGGCGAUAGAAGAGAAGGAGAGCGAUGAGGAGGGGGAGGGGUGUGUUAACCAUUCCCUUCUACACAUUCACCAUCUCAAGGCAAUUGUCGUGGAGCUCUUCAUUGGCGGGAGUGAUACCACAUCCUCGACCCUCGGUUGGGCCAUCUACCUCUUGGCCUCUAACCCAGAGAUCCAGCAGCGUGUACAGGAAGAGCUGGACCGAGUGAUGGGCGGCGGGAAGAGCCUUACGCUUCAGGAUAUGAGCAGUGUACCCUACACGAUGGCCACCAUAUACGAGGUGCAGAGAGUGGCCGACAUCUUUCCCCUCGGUGUUCCUCGCCUGACCAACCAGACCACUACCCUACAAGGUCACACCAUACCCAAGAGUACCGUCGUCUUUGUCAACAUGACUUGGUGUCUGAGGAACCCGGACCUCUGGCAGUUCCCGGACAAGUUCUAUCCUCAGCACUUCCUUACACCCGAAGGCACCCUGCGAAAGCAUGAGUACUUCCUGCCCUUCGGUACAGGUAAGCGCGUGUGUCUAGGGGAGUCUCUAGCUCGUCUACAGCUCUUCCUCUUCUUCACGACUCUGGUUCACCGCUUCUCCUGGCGCCUCACUGAUGACCCCGUUGUGUUUAAGACGAAAGGCAUCACCAACGCUCCGCCAGAUUGUUCCGUCUUCGCCACCAAGAGGAAUUUGCCCGACCAGGAGACUCUUGAGGCCUGAUGGGCUUUAUGGUACAUGUGUUGACUGACUCGUUGGGCUUCACUUAAGGUUCUCGGGUCAGGUGUAUUUGGUGAAUUAUAUCUCUCACUUGACUGUC